AUACAGCGAAUACUUAAUCACGAUUCACUUGAUACGAAUUUAAAUCACGAACUUUAUUGUUUGUAACAACGCAAAGAUUUUAUUAAAUGUCAUCACAUGUCAAUUUUUUGCGAGGAGAAAAAAUGGCAUCCAAUUCUGAUUCUAAAAUUAAUCAGCAUGCUGGUGGCGAUCAACAGGAGAGGGAUGUUAUAUUAUCAUCUAUAGAAGAUAAACUCUAUGAUUUAAUUAACGAGAAGGGCGAUACGUCUAAUUCAAUUACAAAGGAAUUAAUUGCCAGAGAAUCAGAGCACAAUAUUGUACAGAAUUCUGAACCAGCAACGCAAUCUUCGUACACAUUGUCGACAAUAAUGAACACCAGAGACAGCUAUGAUGAUGAUGGCAAGAUAAGAAGUACAGAAUCUUCUGAUAGUGAAAUUCUUCUUAUCGACGAAGGUAUAUAUUGGCCAUGUACUUAUAAUGCUGAAAAUAUUGGGUCUAAUGCAGAUUCCAAUAUUGAGAAUAAAAACCAUAGCAUCGAUAAUGCUAUGGUGAAUGAACUGUUAAGAGGACAAUACAACUCUACUAUUGAUAAAAGAUUGCCGGAAACUGUGACAUUAUUGACGACCCCAGAUGGAGGAAAAUUAUACUUAGUAGGCACAGCACAUUUCAGUAUUGAAAGUCAAAAUGAUGUAUCAAAGGUUAUACAAGCUGUACAGCCUCACAUAGUUGUAGUUGAAUUGUGCAGAGCCAGAGUUGGUAUACUACAACUUGAUGAAGAAGUUAUGUUUCGUUAUGCCAAAAACAUUGAUUACAAGACUAUCAUGGAUACUAUUAAGAGAGAAGGACUUUAUAAUGGUUUACUACAUAUCUUACUGCUAAGAAUGGCAGCACAUGUUGCCAAGCAACUUGGUAUGCCACCCGGUGGUGAAUUCCGAAGAGCAUUUGAGGAGGCAAAAAAGGUGCCCAAUUGUAUCGUUCAUCUGGCCGAUCGACCAAUUAACAUAACAAUGCAACGCGCGAUACGUUCAUUAUCUUGGUGGCAGACUAUAAAAUUAGGGUGGCAUUUGGCAAUAAUGAAGGAUCCUAUUACUCAGGAGGAUGUCGAGCUCUGUAAACAACGAUCGAUGUUGGAUGAAAUGAUCGCUAGCAUGAAGGAACAAUUCCCGGUGUUGGGAGAAGUGUUUGUCAAAGAGAGGGAUAUUUAUUUGACGAAUUCUCUGCAGUUAGCCUGCUUGCCUCAUCGCACUUCUAAUCGUACUUAUGAGCCAGCGCGAGUUGUAGGAAUCGUCGGCCUAGGACAUACACCGGGGAUUAUCGAGAAUUGGGGUAAAGUCAAACCCGCCGAUAUACCGCCUAUCAUGAGCGUACCACCACCGUCAUUGUCGGGUAAAAUCCUAAAGUUGACCAUUAAGGCGUCUGUUCUCGGUGCUGUAAUAUACAUAGGCUACAAGGUCGUAGCUGUACCCGCUGCUACUACUUUCCAAACUAUCAAGUCAUCGGUCGAGGGACUUUUAAAGAUCCGAAAUACUUCGGCAACAUUGGACGUUACGUCAAUCACAGCUGCAAUCCCAAUUCUAGGCUUAUUCCAGUCAGAGUAGAAGGAAUCACACCUCGAUUAUGCGUGUUUGCAUCUAGAGAUAUAGAGAACGGGGAGG